GGUCAGAAAAACUGAAUCUCGAAGUCUUCGUCGAGUUAUCGAGAGAGAGAGAGGGUUGUGGGCAUUACUUUUAUGUACCUCGCUUCCCGUCGUUCCUUAUCGGUUCUUUUCCCUUUCUCUUCCAAACAAUCUUCCAAUACUCCUCCUUCUACUCCCACAGAAGAGGAACCCUAUUUUCUUUUGCCUGCAAAAUGUCGGGGAAGGGAGCCAAGGGUCUGAUAAUGGGCAAAUCUGCCGCCAACAACAAGGACAAGGAUAAAAAGAAACCCGUCUCUCGCUCUUCCCGCGCUGGUCUCCAGUUUCCAGUAGGAAGGGUCCAUCGGCAACUGAAGUCGAGGGUUGCUGCCAAUGGACGAGUCGGAGCUACAGCAGCUGUAUAUACAGCCGCAAUCUUGGAGUACCUGACUGCAGAAGUGUUGGAGCUGGCGGGGAAUGCAAGCAAGGAUCUGAAGGUGAAACGUAUAACACCAAGGCAUUUGCAGCUUGCAAUCAGAGGAGACGAAGAGCUUGACACACUCAUUAAAGGAACCAUUGCUGGUGGAGGAGUCAUCCCUCACAUCCACAAGUCACUCAUUAACAAAUCCUCCAAGGAAUAGACUUUAUCUGUUUUUUUAUCUUCAUCUUACAGUUUAGUUGAGUGGUUGGUUGUCAUAUGCUCAGUCAUGUCAUUGUCUGGUCUAAUUUAGUAGUGUCAUAUUAUCAAAUUCUACUUUUGUGAUGAUUACUUCUAUCCAUUGAGUAGUAGGGGGAGGAGAUAAGAAGAUAUUUCUCGUUUUGUAAGUUUUAAGAUGGUAAAUCUUUUUCAUUUUUAGUAAUUUCUGACUCUGGAUUGCUUUGACACUGUCAAAUUUACUUACCUGCCAAUGUAAUUGAUGACUUCGCAUUAUUACUA